AUGGAAGUGGAAGGCAAUGGCACAAUGGUUACUCACUUUAUCUUGGUUGGGUUUACAACAGACCCAUUUCUACGCAUAAUCUUCUUUGUGCUGUUCUUGCUCUCCUACACGCUAACACUGACUGGGAACCUGGGUCUCAUGGCACUCAUCUACCUAGACUCCCGCUUGCACACACCCAUGUACUUCUUUGUGGGCAGCCUGUCCUUUCUGGAUGUCUGGUACUCUUCAGUCUACACUCCUCGGAUCUUGUCUGACUGUGUCUCCAAGAACAACCACAUGUCCCUUGCUGGUUGUACAGCCCAGUUCUUCUUCUCUGCUGGCCUGGCCUACAGUGAAUGCUUCCUACUGGCUUUCAUGGCCUAUGACCGCUUUGUGGCCAUCUGCAACCCACUCCUUUACACCACUGCGAUGUCCAAGAAGCUCUGUGUCCAGUUGGUGAUAGGAUCCUAUGUAGCAGGCUUUGCAAAUGCAGUUAUACACACUGGUAACACCUUUCGUCUACGCUUCUGUGGAAACAAUGUCAUCGACCACUACUUUUGCGAUGGACCACCACUUGUUAAAAUGUCCUGUAAUGAUGUAGGCAUCUAUGAACUCAUUGUGGCUGCUGUCUUGGGUUGCAAUUUGCUGGUAACCACAGCUAUCAUCCUGAGCUCCUACACUGGUAUUGUGGGAGCCAUAGUCCGUAUGCGUUCAGCUACAGGGAGACGCAAAGCCUUCUUCACUUGCUCGGCUCACUUGGUCUCAGUUACCCUCUUCUAUGGUUCCAUUCUCAUCAUGUACCUGACACCCUACUUUCAUCACACUCCCAGUUGGGACAAGGCAAAUGCGUUGUUCUAUACAGUAGUCAACCCGCUGGUCAACCCUUUCAUUUACAGCUUACGCAACAAAGAUGUGAAGGCAGCCUUCAAGAAAGUCUGGGGGAGAUUCCUAGCAUGCAAAUGA